AUGAGUAACAAUGGAACCAAUGAAACGGUGACAGCAGGAUCUGCCCCAAAGAUAGACAAGAAGGAGGCACGGAAGCUGGCUCGAUUGGCAGAAGAAAAGGCCUGUGCCGAGGAAAAGGCAAUAAUGCUUGCCAAGUACAAAAAGAUAUUUGGACAUGCACCAAUAGUGGAAUCUACCACAUACAACAGUAUUAAACUCACGCCGAUCUCGAGCAUAUCUCGACAGAUGGAAGGUCAGGAGGUGUUCGUUCGCGCGCGCGUCUCAACCACACGCAAGACAGGAAAGAUGGUUUUUCUGCUGCUGCGCGAUGAGGGAUGGUCGAUCCAGGCUAUGGCCUCCGUCAGUGAGGAUAUCCCAAAGGCGAUGAUCGACUUCGCGGCGCAGAUCCCGUGCGAGUCGAUUGUAGACAUCAAGGCAACCGUCCACGGCGUUGAUGUGCCCAUCGCCACCGCGAAGGUGUCCGAGGUGGAGCUGAAGGCAUCGACGAUUCACAUCGUGUCAGAAUCCCAGCGAACUCUGCCCUUUACCCUGGAGGACGCGAGCCGUGGGGAAGAUAAGGAGAACCCACAGGUAAACCUCGAUACGCGGCUGAACUGUCGCUGGAUGGAUAUGCGCACACCGUCCUCGGGAGCUAUAUUACGUAUCCAAUCCCGCGUGUGCCAGUACUUUCGCCAGUUCCUACUAGACAACGACUUCAUUGAGAUACACUCUCCAAAGAUCAUCAGCUCCGCGAGUGAGGGUGGUGCCAACGUGUUUAAGGUGAAGUACUUUAACGGUGAUGCCUUUCUUGCGCAGUCACCUCAGUUGUACAAGCAGAUGGCUCUGCAGGGAGACUUACCGCGCGUGUUCGAAGUGGCCCCUGUGUUUCGUGCUGAGAACAGUAAUACUCACCGCCAUCUCACAGAGUUUGUUGGAUUGGAUGUCGAAAUGCGCAUUAACGAGCAUUACUACGAAGUCCUGGACCUUGCGGAGAAUCUUUUCGACUACAUGUUUGCGCACCUCUCCACGCACACGGAGGAGCUGGCAGCGAUUUGCAAACAAUACCCCUUUGAGCCACUGGUGUGGAAGAUCACACCGGAUACGAUAAGUAAACUUGGUGUUGGGAUUAUUUCAGAUGGCACCGAACCUACGGACAUCUAUGAAGCGCGCGUGAACAAUUGCAAAAGUCGUAUGCUCCGUAUAAACUACUUCUAUUGCAUCAAACUGCUUAACACGGUUUUGGAAGAAAAGCUGGAACCCACAGAUGAUAUUAACACGGUGAACGAAAAGCUCCUUGGGAAGAUUAUCAAAGAACGAUAUGGAGUGGAUUUCUUUAUAUCAGAUCGCUUUCCCUCCUCAGUGCGACCCUUUUACACAAUGCCGUGUAAGGAUGACAUUCAGUUUACCAACUCCUAUGACAUCUUCAUACGUGGCGAAGAAAUAUCUAGUGGUGCACAGCGUAUUCACAUACCAGAGAUGCUGCUAGAGCGCGCAGCGAUGCUAAAGGUGGAUCUCACGCCAUGUAAGGAUUAUGUGGACAGCUUUCGCCUGGGAGCAUGGCCUCAUGGGGGGUUUGGGGUGGGCAUGGAACGAGUGGUAAUGUUAUACCUUGGGCUUAACAACGUGCGCCUGGUGUCUAUGUUCCCGCGCGACCCGAAACGGGUAACGCCUUGA